CGGAGGAAAAAAAAAUAUAUAAAAAGGAGAGGGAGGAGGUUGGUUUCCUGUGCUAGAGAGUUGUCGAUUGUUUGCGAGAGUAGGUGUUGAAAAGGCAGAUUUGUCCGAGGCCCAUUGGCGGAGAUUUUAACCCAUUAGCUCCCAAAUCAUUUCCUCUCUAAAUUCGCCAAUCCAAUUCAAUCACUCUUGUUCAUACACGAUCUGUUCUGUAGAUUGCUCUCGCCUUCAAGAUUUACAAUAUGGCAGCAACAUCAGCAGCUACCUUUUCAAUUGCAGCAGCUAUCUCCUUUGGCCCCAAAGCAAGCCAACUCCCACAGUCAAAGCCCUUUGCUAUGAGGUUCAGCUCCCAGAACUCACUCACAAGCUUCAGUGGUCUGAAGGCAUCAACCUCUGUGAGAUAUGAAUCGGAGUCAUCCUUCUUAGGCAAGGAAAGUGCUGUGGCCCUUCGAGGAUCUUUUGCUUCAAAAGCCCAAAAAUCAAGCCAGAGGUCACAGUAUCACCUAAACCCUCAGGCAUCUUACAAAGUGGCAAUUCUUGGAGCUGCUGGAGGGAUAGGUCAGCCACUUGCCCUUCUAAUCAAGAUGUCCCCAUUGGUUUCAGCCCUGCACCUGUAUGAUAUAGCAAAUGUCAAGGGAGUUGCAGCUGAUCUCAGCCACUGCAACACUCCCUCUCAAAUUCUGGAUUUUACCGGGGCUUCUGAGUUGGCCAAUUCGUUGAAAGGUGUAAAUGUUGUUGUUAUACCUGCUGGAGUUCCUAGAAAGCCUGGUAUGACUCGUGAUGACCUCUUCAACAUCAAUGCCAACAUUGUAAAGAACUUGGUUGAGGCUGUUGCUGAUAAUUGCCCUGAUGCCUUCAUCCAUAUUAUUAGCAAUCCUGUCAACUCUACAGUGCCAAUUGCUGCUGAAGUUCUGAAGCAGAAGGGUGUCUAUAAUCCAAAGAAGCUCUUUGGUGUUAGUACACUCGAUGUUGUCAGAGCAAACACGUUUGUUGCUCAAAAGAAGAACCUCAAGCUCAUUGAUGUUGAUGUCCCAGUUGUGGGAGGGCAUGCUGGGAUUACCAUUCUUCCCCUCCUGUCCAAGACAAAGCCCUCGGUCAGUUUUAGUGAUGAGGAAGUGCAGGAGCUAACUCUGAGAAUCCAGAAUGCUGGGACAGAAGUUGUGGAAGCAAAAGCUGGUGCUGGGUCUGCUACCCUGUCAAUGGCAUAUGCUGCAGCCAGAUUUGUUGAGUCUUCUCUCCGUGCGCUUGAUGGAGAUGCUGAUGUCUAUGAGUGCUCAUUUGUGCAGUCAGAUCUUACUGAGCUUCCAUUCUUUGCGUCAAGGGUAAAACUUGGAAGUAAUGGGGUUGAAGCUAUCAUUUCAUCUGACCUCCAAGGGUUGACCGAAUAUGAGCAGAAGGCGCUGGAGGCUCUGAAGCCCGAACUGAAGGCCAGCAUUGAGAAGGGUAUUGCAUUUGUUCAGAAACAACCAGUGGCUGCAUAGAUCGAGUUCAGUAAAAGCCCUAACUAUAGUGAAUGCGGAUCUUAACAAGGUUUAGCGAGUUGUUUUUUGUUGUGUUUCGACAUUGCAUCAGCAGUUCAGUUUUGUAGAAUUUUCCUUUCACCCCCUAAGUCGUGAAUAACUUUUUUAUGAAGAGCUGUCUGGAGCAGUAAUUUUAGUGUUGUAGAUUUGAAAAUUGCAAUCCUUAUCAUCCAGAGCUUGAAAUAUUUGUUUUCUUGAAUAACAUGGCUGGUGCGCAUUACAGAAAUACCAAGGAAUUUGGUGCCA